AGACGAUGGACUGAGCAGAUCCGCACCAUGGAGCCCCGGGUCUUUCUGAGAACCUUCUGUCUGCUCUUCUGUCUCGGAGCAGCUUGCGGGCUCGGUGUGGACCCAUCCCUUCAGAUCGACGUCCUCGCGGAGUUAGAACUCGGGGAGCCCACGGCCGGAGUGCGCCAGGUCCCGGGGCUGCACAAUGGGACCAGAGCCUUUCUCUUUCAAGAUAUGCCUAGAAGCAUAAAAGCCUCCACUGCUACAGCAGAGCAGUUUUUCCAGAAGCUGAGAAAUAAACAUGAAUUUACUAUUUUGGUUACCCUGAAACAGACUCACUUAAAUUCAGGAGUUAUCCUCUCUAUUCACCACCUGGAUCACAGAUACCUGGAGCUGGAAAGCAGCGGCCAUCGCAAUGAAGUGAGGCUGCACUACCGCUCCAGCGGGCACCGGCCCCACACGGAGGUGUUUCCUUACAUUCUGGCGGACGACAAGUGGCACAAACUCUCCUUAGCCAUCAGUGCCUCCCAUUUGAUUCUUCACAUCGACUGCAAUAAAAUUUAUGAACGAGUGGUGGAAAAGCCCUCCUUGGACUUGCCUCUGGGCACGACGUUUUGGUUGGGGCAGAGGAAUAAUGCUCAUGGAUAUUUUAAGGGUAUAAUGCAGGAUGUGCAAUUGCUUGUCAUGCCUCAAGGAUUCAUUGUUCAGUGCCCAGAUCUAAACCGCACCUGUCCGACUUGCAAUGACUUCCAUGGACUUGUGCAGAAAAUCAUGGAGCUUCAGGAUAUAUUAGCCAAAACAUCAGCGAAGCUGUCUCGAGCUGAACAGCGAAUGAAUAGACUGGAUCAGUGCUAUUGUGAGAGGACUUGUACCAUGAAAGGAACCACCUACCGAGAAUUCGAGUCCUGGACAGACGGCUGUAAGAACUGCACUUGCCUGAAUGGAACCGUUCAGUGUGAAACGCUGAUCUGCCCAGCUCUGGACUGUCCGCUGAAGUCGGCUCUUGCCUACGUGGAUGGCAAGUGCUGUAAGGAGUGCAAAUCCAUAUGCCAGUUUCAAGGACGAACCUACUUUGAAGGAGAACGAAAUACUGUCUACUCCUCUUCCGGAGUGUGUGUGCUAUAUGAGUGCAAGGACCAGACUAUGAAAUUGGUAGAAAGUUCAGGCUGCCCAGCUCUGGAUUGCCCAGAAUCUCAUCAGAUCACUUUGUCUCACAGUUGCUGCAAAGUUUGUAAAGGUUAUGACUUUUGUUCUGAGAGGCACAAUUGCAUGGAGAAUUCUGUGUGCAGAAAUCUGAACGACAGGGCCGUGUGCAGCUGCCGGGAUGGUUUUCGGGCGCUUCGGGAGGACAAUGCCUACUGUGAAGACAUUGAUGAGUGUGCUGAAGGGCGCCAUUACUGUCGGGAAAACACCAUGUGUGUCAACACCCCUGGCUCUUUCAUGUGCAUAUGUAAAACUGGAUACAUCCGAAUUGAUGAUUACUCCUGUACAGAACAUGAUGAGUGCCUCACAAACCAGCACAGCUGUGAUGAAAAUGCUUUGUGCUUCAACACUGUUGGGGGACACAACUGUGUGUGCAAGCCUGGCUACAUGGGGAAUGGAACCACUUGCAAAGCAUUUUGCAAGGAUGGCUGUAGAAAUGGAGGAGCCUGCAUUGCUGCAAACGUGUGUGCUUGCCCACAAGGUUUCACCGGCCCCAGCUGUGAGACUGACAUUGAUGAAUGCUCGGAUGGCUUUGUCCAGUGUGACAGCCGUGCCAGCUGCAUUAACCUGCCGGGAUGGUACCACUGCGAGUGCAGGGACGGCUACCACGACAAUGGGAUGUUCUCCCCGAGUGGAGAAUCCUGCGAAGAUAUUGAUGAAUGCGGGGCCGGGAGGCACAACUGUGCCAAUGACACCAUCUGCUUCAACUUGGACGGGGGCUAUGACUGCCGCUGUCCCCACGGGAAGAACUGCACCGGUGACUGCGUCCACGAUGGCAGAGUCAAGCACAGUGGGCAGAUCUGGGUGCUAGAGAAUGACCGUUGCUCUGUGUGCUCCUGUCAGAGCGGCUUCGUGAUGUGUCGGCGGAUGGUGUGCGACUGUGAGAACCCCACAGUGGAUCUCUUCUGCUGCCCCGAGUGUGACCCGCGGCUCAGCAGCCAGUGUCUCCAUCAGAACGGGGAGACGGUGUACAACAGCGGGGACACAUGGGUGCAGAGCUGCCGGCAGUGCCGCUGCCUGCAAGGGGAAGUGGACUGCUGGCCCCUGCCUUGCCCAGAUGUGGAGUGUGAAUUCAGCAUCCUCCCAGAGAAUGAGUGCUGCCCACACUGUGUCACUGACCCGUGCCAGGCCGACACCAUCCGCAAUGACAUUACCAAAACCUGCCUGGACGAGAUGAAUGUAGUUCGCUUCACUGGGUCCUCUUGGAUCAAGCAUGGCACCGAGUGCACUCUGUGCCAGUGCAAGAAUGGCCACAUCUGUUGCUCAGUAGAUCCGCAGUGCCUUCAGGAGCUCUGA